AAUAAUAAAUAAGUACCUUUAUUACAAAUACUGUUAUUUGGUAUGGAUGCAGCUGGUGCAGGCGACCAGAAUAUGGAACUUUCAGGAGAAAAGUUAAAAGAAUUGACCAAUGCUAUUGAGGAUGACGAUGAUGACGAAGAAUUGGAUGAGACAUUGGUAGAGCGAUUGAUCGGAUUAACAGAAAUGUUUCCCGAAUCUGUCCGAAAUGUGGUCUGUAAAGCAGGAUCUCUCUCAUGGAGAGCCACUCAGUGGGGAUUUUCCUUCAGCAAGAGUGCAUUAUGGGUAGCGAUGUCUGCUGGGACAAUACUGGUUUUACCUGUUAUGUUUGAAAAUGAAAGAGCACAAAUGCUAGACCAACAAAAACAACAGGAAAAACAGAUUUUACUUGGACCUCACUCUGCAAUGUCUGGGACAGGAAUGUACAAUCAAGGAAUGAUGCCUCCUGGCAUGGUCCCCCCACCCCCAGCUAUGCCACCUCCUACUCCAUCUUCAUCCUAACUUGAGAAUGCCUGUGAUUAUUUGUGUAAACGAUCAAUUGUAUACAUGUUAAUGUUGAAUGUAUUCAAAGUGUGUGAGUUAACAUUGUGAUAAAAAUAAAUAUAAAAUUUAAAAUA